AUGGCGAGCAACGACCACGAGCAUGCAAACGGCGCCAGCGCAGAGGCAGGGCCCGGCCCCUCCUCGGUCGCAAGCAGCGGCAUCCUGUCGCCCUUGUCGCCCCGCGCGAGCGCCGAACUCCCCACAUCCCUUCCUCGGCUGUCGUCCUCGCCCGCAGGCCUCGAGGCCGAGCUCGAGCGCACGCGCGCCGAGAAGGACCACCUCAGCAACCAGUACCGCACGCUGCUGGGCAAGUUGACGGCCAUGCGCAACUCGCUCGGUGAAAAGCUCAAGGAGGACGCCGAGGAGCUCGAUCGACGUGAGACCGUCAUCACGACGCUGACGGCGGAGAACACGGCGCUGCAAGAGUCCAUGGCGACACUGCGGAGCGAGCUCGAGAACGGCGGCGCCGAGAGCGCUGCGCUGUCGGCCCAGCUGCACCAACUGCGGAGCCAGAGCGACAGCUCGUCGUCCGACGUCCUCUCGCUGACGCGUGAGAUGCGCGAGCUCCGCGGCGAGAUGGAGCGUCUCCGUGCCGAGCGUGAGGAGUGGCAGGCCGAGGCGGAGCGCGAGCGCGAGCGCAGGGAGAGUAUGGAGGAGGAGGUGCGCGCGACCGAGCGCCGCGAGCGCGAGGGCAAGGCGCACUGGGACAAGGCCGAGGACGAGCUCGAGGCCGAGCGUGAGCGCGCAGCAAACCUCCAAGAGGUUCUGAGCGAGUUCCAACAAGCCAAGGACUCGGAACUGCGACAGGCCACUGCCGAGCUGGAGGGCCAGCUCAAGAUGGCGGUCGGACAGCUGAGCGAGUUCAAGCUGCGCGCGGCCAACGCCGAGAGUUCGCUGUCGUCGGUGUCGUCCGAUGCUAGCAAGUGCAAGGCCCUGGAACGUGAUCUGCGUGACAAGAACGCCAUCAUUGCAAAGCUGAGGCAUGACGAGGCGCUGAGACGGCUGCGCAAGAACACGUCGGACAACAACGUCGACCGCCGCCUGGUGACCAACAUUCUCCUCUCGUUCCUCACCACGUCGCGCGCCGACUCGAAGCGCUUCGAGAUGCUCUCGCUCCUUUCGACCAUUUUGAGCUGGGACGACGGCGAGCGCGAGCGUGCCGGUCUCCAGCGAGGCGCCAAGCGACCAGCUGCGCCAAGGCGGAAAUCCUCCGGACGGCCCGAACGCACCGCCGACGAGGAGUCUGCAAUGAACGAGUCCUUCUCCAACCUCUUUGUCGAGUUCCUCCUCAAGGAAGCGUCGCACGGCCAGCCGGACCCGCACCAGAUCCUGCACGGCGAGCCCGCCAACGCGCGCUCCCCACCACCGUCGUCGUACCCUUCGAGCCUGACAAUGUCCCCGCCGACGAGCGGCGCCGCCACGCCCCCGCAAGCUGAGUUCCUCGUCCAACGCGUCUGGGGGUAUGGGUUCGGGCUCGGCUACCCGGGCGCGUCGCCCACGCCCGGCGGCGGCGACGGCAGCACGGCCAGCCUGGACGGCAUGGUGCGCGGGAUCGGGAUUGGCAGGAAGCAGAGCUUUGGCUUGCAGGAGGCGCUUGGCCGGCCACCGCAGCAGUAG